AUGGAGGCACUCAAAACUUUUGUUGAAGAAGUAUUUGUAGGGAAGAAAAAGGGUCGACCUAAGGAUCCAGCAAAUUUGGGAUAUUUUGUGUCGAUGAAAGACCAAACGAGAAAAAACGCAGACAAUGUUUGCGUGCUCGUCAUCCACUACAACUUUCAAAAUGCAAAAAACAAAAACCUUUUUCGGAAUGGAGAUUCUCAGGACGUUGAGAAUCUCGAGAGAACCUUCAGGGUGAACCGAAACUGUAACUUUCGCAGUAUUUUGUCACCGGAAAAAGGGCACUUGCUUCAGCUUCUCGCUGAUCAAGAAAAUCUGUUACAAUUAUUCAGCUGUUCAGAAGUUCCAUCAGUUUUUGUGCUUUACAUCCUUUCUCACGGCUACAGAGAUGGAAAAAUAUUCACAGACCACUACCAGAACGAAGACCCGAACGACUUUAUUUCGUUCACAACAACGGAGAUAUUCGAUUCUCUGAAAAUGCUGACUGAUUUCGAGGAAUGUCUCAAAUUUAUAAACUUUGGUCCAUGUCGAGGGGAACUAACAGACGCUGUUUUUGUUGCAAACCUUAAAAAUAUUCCGUUCAAGAAUGAACAUUCUUGCCGAAUCACUUACCGCCCUCUGAUGAGGAACAUGGUCGUGUUCUUCUCGACAGUUGAAACGACCAAGGCAAAACGAGACCAGUCAGGAACCACUUUCACCCGCCUAACUUGCCAGGUCUUGAAUUCAAUUGAGGAGGACGAGAGUCUCAUUAAUGUCCUGGCAACAAUUCAAAAUGAGAGUCACAAAUAUGUAGACAUCAUGGAAAACAAAUACACGGGACAAACCCCAGAAGUGAAGAUGUUUUCGCAGGACAGAGGUUUUGUCAUCUCAAAGAUAACAUUUCCUCCAAAAUACUCGUCUUGCUCGACCACUGACGCAAUGGGUGUCAAAAAUAAAAGGAAGCGCGAGUUUUUCUCUUGGAAGUCAAGCUCAGGGGAAAACUUGCGACACCGCCUUGCGUUCCUUUUUUCCACAGAGCCAAAUGAGUGGUUGAAAGAAAUUAAAAGGGCGCUGUCCCAAAACUUGAAUUUUGAGACCAGUGAAAGGAUGCUGAGUGGAAAGCCAUGGACGUCAGUUAAUGAAGCCUCGCGGCUUGGCUCCAACAUUGGCUGCAUUUUCCUGAUUUUGUUCGGUCAAGUGAGCGAACAAAAGGACACGAACGAGGUUUGCGUUCAGGUGGACAGCAGAGAAACUGCAGUAUCUGAAAUAUUGCGCGAGUUUAUCGGGCCAAAAAACGAUCAAUGGAUCGGAAAACCUAAAAUAUUGUUCCUUGUCAAUCAGGAAGCGAGCUCGUUUGACGAUAUCGGGUCAUUAUCACAGUCCAAGCUGGAAAUAUCAGCAACAAACCACAGUGGAUGGUUAGUUCUUGUUUUACACGGCAAAGCUACACUUGAAAAGCUGAUCGAAAUCUUCAACGGGCCAGAGCUGAAAAAGGAGAAAAGUCUGCAAGAACUGCUCGCAAGUCUUCUCAUUUCCGAAUCAAAAGAAAAUAGGGAUUUGCUUGACUCGACUCUUCAGUAUCUCCUCAAUUUUCCCGACUGGCCCAGGUCUUUUGUUAAACUUCAUUUUUCAGUGAAAAAUUCUCAAGAAUAUCAAGAAAAGCACGUCUGUUUCGAUGGCUUGGUUGAAGAAUCGGCAAGAAAAAACCAAAUCUGGCUCUUGAGUUCGGUCGCAGGUACAGGAAAGACUACAAUCCUCAGGGAAAUGGCUUUUCAGCUCGGAAAACUAAAUCCAGAGUUAAAAAUUCUACGCGUUUCCCUCCCGAGAUUUUCAUUCAGUUCUCUCAAGCGGAACGUUACUGAGAUUGAAUUUCUCGCGAAAGCCACACACAAUCCCCCAGAGGAAAUCGCCAAGAGCAUAGAAAACAAGCAAUGUGUAGUGUUUCUUGACGGGUUCGAUGAAAUCCAUCCUCAAAACCAAGAAAAAAUGUUGAAAGUAAUCGAAGCUCUAGAAAAGAAGCAGAUAUCCGUGUGGAUUGGAACGAGACCUCACGCACUAGACACAAUCAGAAAGCGGACAUCAAAAGCUGUCUUGGUAAAGAUUGCUCCCUUGGACAUAGAGCAGCAAAUCGAGUUGUUGCAGCAAGAGACGGGCAAGAGUCAAGACGAAUGUGAAUCAUUCAUCGAGAACUUUGCGUCAAAGGACAUCCUGGAAAAUCCUUUGCACCUUUCUUUGGUUGCGCAGUGCGGGGCUGAAGGAAACUUGUACCAAAUCUACGACCAGGUUUUGCGACACAAAGUGGAACUCUCUCUGAUAAGGAAUGGAUAUGACAGGAACAACAAAGUCAAGUUUCAAGAGGAAUUAGACAUUGCAUUGGAACGUCUUCAAGAGAUAGCAAGUUGCCACAUCAGAGGAGUUGAACCAACUGGUUACACGAGAGAAGACCUUGAAGAAAUCAACUGCUAUGGCAUUGCCACGUUUGAAAACAACAAGAUUAUUUUCAUUCAUCAGACUUUCGCAGAAUUCCUUGCAGCCCAGCAUUUCCUACGUGAAAUUGAGGAUAAUAACGAUUGCGAAUCCCAAACCAGCACUGAAGAAAUUGCAAGCGUAUUUUACGAGCAAACGUUCUGGUGGUGCAGAAAGUUCGUCGAUCUGUUCUAUUCCACAGUUUUAAAUGACGAGGAAAAAAUUGAAGAGCACAGAGCAUCAAUUCUUCCAGUCAUGAAAUUAGAUCCAGACAGGUUUUUGCAAUUGAUUGCUCGCUAUGGCUGGGUAAACAUUUUUAAAAUGGUUUUUCCCAGUAUUGCCUUUCAUGGAAACCAAGAGGGUAAUUUCAUUUCUGUUACGAAAGAUAAGACUCUUUUGGUCAAAGCAAUCGACGGAGCGGUAGAAAUUGCAAUCAUGCUGCUCGACACGGACUUGAUUGGAAAUGAUGAAGAGUUGCUAAUUAUUUUACCUUACCUGUUGAAGUCAGUUGCUGAAUCAAACGCAACUCUCUUCUUUGAGAAGUUGAAGACAAAACAUCCUAGAUUGCCAGAGAUGAUGCGCUCCAGAAGAUUUUUGAUUGACGCUGGAGUGAUGGCAGCGAGAAAAAAUUGCGAUGAAAUCCUUGAACUACUGCUGCAAAGUGGUGUUGACGUAGAUUGUUUCAAUAUAAUUCACGGAAAUGCUCUCAAUUGUGCAAUCAAAAACAGGGCAAUGAAAAGCGUGGAAGUUUUGCUACGGCAUGGAGCAAAAAUAGCCAUAGAGAGUAGUGGUGACAAUUGGGAUCCAUUGAUGCUGGCUAUUCUUGAAAAUAACCUUGAACUAGUCCAAUUCCUUUUGGAGGAAAAUAUCGGUGGACCGGAACGCAACAAAGACACUUUUGAAACCAAUCAAUUAAAAGCUUUCCAGUUUUCUAUUCAAAGAGGACAAAAAGAAAUUGCAAAAUUCUUAUUAUUGAAGAACCCAAGUUUGAAAAACUCCUAUGAAGGGUGUCCGUUACAAUAUUCUGCUAAACAUGGAUAUUUAAGCAUGUGCCAAUGGCUUGUAGACGAAGCAGGCUUCGACGUAAACACUUUGCGUCCCAGUGGAGAGCCAAAAGAUUGGUCCUUGCAUGACAAUGUAUGCAUGGACUAUUUCUUAAUUCUGCAGAAGAGUAACGUCGACAUGACGGACGAAAGAGGAAAAACUGCUCUUCACUGCGCUGCGGAACAUGGAUAUCUUGAACUUGUCCAAGAGUUGAUUGAUGCUGGAGCAAAUAUUCGAGCCGUUGACAACAAUGGAUGGAAUGCUUUCCAUUUUGCUUGUAAAUGUAACAGUGACGACCAAAAAGAAAAAGUUAUUCGAUUGUUGCACAGCACUGACAGUCACCUGGCCAAGGAGAAAACAAAAAACGGAGAAACAGGGCUGCAUAUUCUUCCGAAAUUCAGCAAUAGCCACUUGGUUGAGAAAACGCGUUUUCUGGUCGAAGACAUUGGAGUCGACGUAAGAGCAGAGGACAACAGUGGCUGCACUGCGCUGCAUACUGCAGUUCAGGAAGGAAAGGAUUGCGUUGAUUAUUUGAUGGCCAAAGAUAUCAACCUGGAAGUAAAAAAUAAACGGGGGCAAACGUACCUGCAUUUAGCCGCUGAAAGGGGAGAUUUAGAAGCUCUGCAGUUUUGGGUAGAACUGGGUGGAGACUUGGAUGUAGUGGACGAUGAAGGAUCAACUGCACUGCAUUUUGCCGCUAGAGGAGGACAUUUGCAAUUUGUGAACGGGUUAUUAGACCACAUCACCAAGAAUGCCAAAAAUUCCGUGGAAUCUGUGCUCGAAAAGAGAGCGAGAGCGAACAGAUGUGACAAUUUCGGAAGGACGCCUCUGCACUUUGCUGCUAGUUCAAAAAAUGUUGAUUUGGUACAAAUGUUGCUUGAUAUCGACGCAGAUUUAACUCUAACGGAUCUGGAAGGAAAGAAUGCAAUGCACUACGCUGUCAACAAUGAACGAAUGCUACGAUUCAUCAUCGAGAAGAACGGAUAUCUUGUGAAGGAGCGUCUGAAAAACGGAAACACGAUCCUCCAUUUGGCAAUAAGGUCUAGCUAUCAAACUGACAAAUUUCUCUGGCUUGUGGAACAAUGCGAAAUCGACUUGAAUGUAAGAAACAGCGAGGGUGAGACCCCGCUUCUGCUGGCUUGCAAGAUGAGGAAGUGGAUGAUUGCUAAAAUUUUGCUGGCUAGAAACGUCGAUAUUCAUCUGCAAGAUAAAAAAGGAAGAACAGCUCUGCACUACGCCGUGUAUUUGGAAUCAAAGUCUUGGGACAACGAUUACAAGCUAGAACACACUGACGCUUUUGAUUUGAUGCAAGAGUUGUGCAAAAGAGGUGCAGAUUUGGCUUUGACUGACAACGACGGGAUGAACGCAUUUCACCACGCAAUAACACACUUCCACAUGGCGUUAUUCAUUCAUGAGUUAAAUAGAGAUUUGGUCAAACAGCGAUUGAAAAACGGAGACACAACUCUGCAUUUGGCAAUCAAAACCAUUUCAUUGCUCAAUGACAACGUCAUCUUGAUUCUUUGGCUUUUGGAGCAAGACAACGUCGAUUUGAACGCGAGAAAUGCUCUGAACGAAACCCCGCUGAUUCUGGCUUGCAAGGAGUGGCACUGGAAUCGGAAAAUAGCUGAAUUACUUAUGUCCAAAAAUGUGGAUGUCAACAUAAGAGACAACGAGGGCAAAUCUGCUCAGGACUACAUCGAAACAUUUGGUGCUACUCAAUUACUUCAAGGAGAUUAAUCAAAUCGAAGGAUAGAACGAAAAAAAAUUAAUGAAUGUCUCACUAAAUGAUUUAAAAGUUCUUUGAUGAACUACGAAGUUUGCAUUCAUGACAGAUUCAUAGCCUAUAAGUUGAUAAUUGUCAUUAUCACAGAGAAUUUAGUGCAUGUACUAUAUUGGCUGCAACGAAUGAAUACCACAUAGAAAAGCGUUAGUAAAAAUGUAUAGCAAAAAAUAUGUACUGUAAAUAAAUACCUUGAUUUGCUGAAUAAAAUAAAAUCAAAAUAGUUUUUCAAUUGGUUACUGCGUAUAAUUAAUGAAAUUAUAGGAUUAUCUUUGUGCAAAUGUGUAUUAUUUUUAUGUAUUCAGAAUCAUAAUAAGUGCAGAGCAUCGU